GGGCGCCCGGCCCGCCCCGGCGCGUGCGCACGGCGGGGCGCGCGCGGGCCCGACCCGCCGCCCCGAGCGAGGACAUCCCGGGAGGAUCAACCUGCGAGGCUGUGGAGGAGGCGGCUGCAGGGAGAGAAUUCCCUGUGGGACACACAGUUUGGGACAAGGCUCACACUCCAGGUGCUCAGGCCAGACCAGUUUUACCCCAAGGAGCGCUUCCAGCACCAGGGGGGAGGGAUGGAGCGCCUGGCCUCCUUCAGCAGUGACCCCUUUGAUAAGCCCCCGUGCCGAGGCUGCUCCUCGUACCUGACGGAGCCCUACGUGAAGUGUGCUGAGUGUGGGCCCCCUCCCUUCCUGCUGUGCCUGCAGUGUUUCACCCGAGGAUUUGAGUACAAGAAGCAUCAAAGUGAUCACACUUAUGAGAUAAUGACAUCCGACUUCCCUGUCCUGGAUCCCAACUGGACAGCUCAGGAGGAGAUGUCUCUCCUGGAAGCUGUGAUGGACUGUGGAUUUGGGAACUGGCAGGACGUGGCCAACCAGAUGUGCACCAAAUCCAAGGAGGAGUGUGAGAAGCACUACAUGAAACACUUCAUCAACAACCCCCUGUUUGCCUCCACCCUGCUGAACCUGAAGCAGGCAGAGGAGGCUCAGCAGCACGAGACAGCCAUCCCCUUCCACUCUGCUGACGAUCCCCCACGGCCCACCUUUGACUCCCUGCUCUCCAGGGACAUGGCUGGGUACAUGCCAGCCAGAGCUGACUUCGUUGAGGAGUUUGACAACUAUGCUGAGUGGGAUUUGAGAGAUAUUGAUUUUGUAGAAGAUGAUUCAGACAUUUUGCAUGCUCUGAAGAUUGCAGUUGUAGAUAUCUAUCAUUCCAGGUUAAAGGAGAGGCAGAGACGGAAAAAAAUUAUAAGAGAUCAUGGCCUGAUCAACCUCAGAAAAUUUCAGAUUCUGGAGAGGCGCUACCCCAAGGAGGUGCAGGAGCUGUACGAGACCAUGAGGAGGUUUGCACGGAUCCUGGGGCCCGUGGAGCACGACAAGUUCAUCGAGAGCCACGCGCUGGAGUUUGAGCUGCGCAGGGAAAUAAAGAGACUCCAGGAAUACAGAGCAGCAGGAAUCACCAAUUUCUGCAGCGCCCGCACCUACGAGCACCUGAAGAAGAGCCGGGACGAGGAGCGGCUGAAGCGCACGAUGCUCUCGGAGGUGCUGCAGUACAUCCAGGACAGCAGCGCCUGCCAGCAGUGGCUCAGCCGCCAGGCAGACAUUGAUUCUGGCCUGACUCCCACGGUACCAGUUCCCUCAACUACAGGCAGACGGAGUGCCCCACCACUGAACCUCACAGGCCUGCCAGGCACGGAGAAACUCAACGAGAAGGAGAAGGAGCUCUGUCAGAUGGUGAGGCUGGUCCCUGGAGCCUAUCUGGAAUAUAAAGCUGCUUUAGUGAACGAGUGCAACAAACAGGGAGGCCUGAGACUGGCACAGGCUCGAGCCCUCAUCAAGAUUGAUGUGAACAAAACCAGGAAAAUCUAUGACUUCCUGAUCAGAGAAGGGUACAUCACAAAGGCCUGAGGACAGGCAGCAGUGCUUGGCUGGAGCAGGCAGAUGUGGAGAAGCUUUGAAGUGGCUUUGACAGCGCUGAAAGAUUUUACCAGUGUUGAAUGAAGGACAUUUCCUUUUGUUUAAAACAUUUGGGGCUUUUUUUUCCUUUUUUCUUUUUUUUUCCUUUUUUUUUUUUUUUUGUAGAAACAAGCAGGGAGCUUUGUUAAACUGUCUGAAUGCUGACAUUUGCCUGGGCUCCUUUUGCCUCUGCUGUUGUCAGGAUUGCAAGGAGGAUCACACCCCGUGUGAGCUGAUCCUAAACCUGAAUGGGCAUUCAUCCCUCACACCUCCUGUACUGCAGAGAGCAUCACGGUGCUUCUGUGCUGGUGGUGACAAAGAGUGAGGACAGAGUCACACUUUGUGCAGUACAAAGCAUGGAAAUGCAGUUCCUCCCUCCUUGUGUUCCCUCCUAAAUCAGCAGCAGCUUCAGAGGCAGCAGCACGUGUCCGAGGGUGUAAAAAUACAUCUUGCAGUGGUCCAGUCUUUUUAAAUUAAUUGUGAUAAAGGCUGGGAAGGGACAUGGCAGGGAAGCUCCUCAACAGUUGUUACUUUUAUGUGGUAUUAGCACACAUCCCAGCAGGAGGGCUCUACACAAACCAAGGAGCUUCAGCUGCUCCCCCCGUGAUUUGGGGGUGUCAGGUUAUAUAUAACCCCUCCAUUUCAGUCAUCUGCUCGCUGGGAAGGCUGGAAGCCACUGCAGCUUUUGGGAACAGGAAUAAAAAAGUUCUCAGGACCCUGAUGUUCCCCCACAGAAAAGGAGUGAAAAGCACGAAGCUCCUGUGUGAGGGUUUUAUUCCCUCAGUGUUAGCAGUGCCGUGCCUGAGGAGGUGCCACAAGGAACUGCUCACACACAGCCCCAUCACAUCAGCUGAUCCCUGAGCUGCAGCACCAAACGUUUGGAUUUGGCAUCAGCUGGAUGGUGAGGAUGGUUCUCUGCAGAUGCAGCUUCUGCCUUCAUUGAACAGUAAAUUGUCUGUCAGGCAGCUUCCUGCUCAUGCUGGAAUAAUGUCCCACAGGAAACCUGGGAGCUGAGGCAGGUGGGGUGUUGGAUGCUCCUGAGUUUGGGAUCUCAUGGAGGAGCCUAACUGAGCUACAGCUGCACCAAUACCUGUCUGAGGCGUUGAGGUUCGGGUUGUUGUUCCUUCCCCAAGAGUAAUUAUCCUGUGGACCUGAGAUGCCAUUGAAUGUGAAGUGUUUUGGUUUGUAAUAAAAUCAAAAUGACUUGAAACAAUCUUACAUCCACAUCCCUGGGCUCGGAGUGAGC